UUUGUCGACAAGCGUGUCAGAUGGCCUUAAAAACCUUCCUUCCUUCAGACUUUGAAAUUCGUCGUUUAGUUGGAAAACAAAGUUUAUUACGAAUAGUCGAGUGGGAAUAUUAUCAAAAGAAGAAUCCAACGGAACCUGCAGUUACGGUAGAACCUGGAUCUCUAGCUUGUCGUCUUUAUGAGGCCAUUUUAUAUCCGAAUACGAAGCAAGAGACGGAGGUACUGUUGAAAGAAUAUCAUAAAGAAGCUUUAGAGAUGGGUUAUAAUGAAAAGAGUGUCUUUGAAACGUUAGAAGAGGACUAUGGUGUGGAUAUCACUUCUGAACAACUUCCUUUAUCGAGGUUCUUGGGAAGUCUUGAAGCACCAGAUACUUUUGAGACCGAAUAUUUUCGUGAACAGUGGCAAAGAGCACUUCCAUAUAUAGAGCCUCCGAAAGCCGGUCACUUAUUUCUAGUUUUCUGUUGGGAAGGCUUAUCUACUGUUGCCUCUUAUCCUGUGAAUAGAAACAAUCGUGCUUGGUUAUCCACCAUAUUUCUGGAAUCAAAAUUUCAACGCCGUUGUCAGUUUGUUAAGAAAAUCAUGUCGUCAAGUUUAGAAGCUCUUGAGUUUCUUCACCGUUAUCGCAUUGUACAUCUUUCACUGGGUCCACAGUCCUUAUUGUUGAACACUACAAGGGAAGAUCAAGUGCAUGCAUUGAAAGUUAGACUUCGUGACUUUGGCUUUUCGAGACGACUCUCUUCGCUGGAUGAUGAUUCCAUUAGAAGGGCUUAUGCUGCUGGAGCUUCAAAUCCAAGAGCGAUAAGUAAUUACUAUUAUGCUCAAGAUAUUGUGUUGUUGGGUUAUGUAUUUCUAAUGUUAACUUUCUGUUCUUUUGCGGAUAGUGUAAUUUACCAAAAGAUGGGUUAUGAUGGUUUGAAAAGGCUAGUUGAGGAUUUGUUUCAAUUCGACUUUGAUCGCCUGAGGUCUUAUCUUAUACAAGACGAUUCAGUAAGAGAUGUUGUACGGUUCUUAGAUCAAGGCAAUGGCAGUGGUUGGGUGUUUGCUAGGAAUAUGCUGAUUCUGAAACGUCAACUUCGUCACGAACAAGAUGAACUGAUAGCUACAGAACUGAAGAAUUCUUCUUUUUUAUUGAAGUGAACUCUUUCCGAGAUACAGAAAGAUGCUUCUGGAAGAGAUUUCAGUAGCAUUUCAAGAUUAAAGCCCGUCCCCUCCAU